AUGGAACUUCUCAGCUCAGAUUUCAAAAUUUUCGACACCAGAGAGCUUCGAUCACUCUUGGUCUUGGUUCUCUCUCUAGCCAUUGCCUUCACUGCUUCGGCAUCAUCACAGGGCAUCGAUUUCAGAAUGCAGAAUUUUAACAACGAUGACAUUCAACCCCAAGGUGAUGCAAUGGUUGAUCCGAGCAGCUUUUUAAUCCAACUUACGAAGACUAACGAGGACGUCGACUGGAGCAAGGGGUGGGCAACGUACCAUGAGCCAAUGCGCCUUUGGGAUAAGGCGACCGGGAACGUGGCGGAUUUCACCACCCAAUUCACCUUCGUCAUCGAUUCGAUGGGAAAGUCGAUGUUUGCUGAUGGAUUGACCUUCUUUCUUGUCCCUGAAGGGUCUCAACUCCCAAUCAACUCGGCGGGACUCAAUCUCGCUCUUGUGAGUCCAAACCGCGACCCUUCCAAUUCUUCUGCUUCAUUUGUAGCCGUCGAGUUCGACCCUCUUCCCAACAAUUCUGACGGUGUUAUGGACCCGAAUUGUCCACAUGUUGGUAUAGACUUGGAUAAUCUCACUUCCACGAACUCUAGUUGCGUCGAUUGGUUCAGGGAUAAAAUCGUGAGUGGUGGGCAGAUCAAUGCUACCAUAACGUACAAUUCUAGCACUCAGAACUUGAGCGUUCUCAUGAUAGACGCGGAUGCCACAGGCACCGACAUAAAUUCCUCCGCUAUCUAUAAUAUAGUCAACAUGACAAAGUAUUUGCCGGAGUGGGUGACUUUCGGUUUCUCGGCUUCAACGGGUACACUUUCGGAGUUGCACACUCUUAAGGCAUGGGAAUUCCGCUCUAACGUGCAAGUUGUUGGAAAAAAGAGCAAGUUAUGGCUAUGGUCCAUCUUAGGCUCAAGUUCUUUCAUUUUGCUCAUCCUUGUUCUAGCCUUUAUUUGGUUUCGUCGCCGUUCGAAGAGAAUGAGAGCUCACACGAGUGGGGAAGACGAUGAUCCAGCAAUUGAAGAAGAAUUCGAGCAAGUUUCGGGGCCCAAGAAAUUCUCCUACAAGGACUUGGUCACAUCAACCAAUAAUUUUGCAAUCGAACGGUUGCUUGGGGAAGGGGGCUUUGGGAGAGUUUAUGAAGGUUACUUAACUAGUGUGAAUGCUAGUGUUGCAAUCAAGAAGAUUAGCCCAGGGUCAAGACAAGGGAUAAAGGAGUACGCCACUGAAGUCAAGACCAUAAGUCGGCUUCGGCAUAAAAACUUAGUCCAACUUAUUGGGUGGUGCCAUGAGAAAAAAGAACUCCUCCUCAUCUAUGAGUUUAUGUCUAAUGGCAGCCUUGAUUCUCAUCUAUUCAAAAAACGAACUUUCUUGCCAUGGGAGAAGCGGUACAAAAUUGGGCAAGGCAUAGCCUCCGCAUUGCUUUACCUCCAUGAAGAAUGGGAACAAUGUGUUGUGCACCGGGAUAUAAAGUCUAGCAAUAUCAUGCUUGAUUCUGAUUUCAAUGCUAAAUUGGGGGACUUCGGUUUAGCUAGGCUAGUUGACCAUGCCAAAGGGUUACAAACAACGGUGUUGGCCGGAACCAUGGGCUAUAUGGCUCCUGAAUGUGUUUACAUAGGCAAAGCGAGUAGGGAAUCGGAUAUCUAUAGUUUUGGUGUCGUCUUAUUAGAAAUAGCCUGUGGAAGAAAAGUUGUCGAACCAAGGGCUGAGGAAGGCCAAGUUCGGUUGGUGGAUUGGGUUUGGGAGCUGUAUGGGACUGGGAGGAUACUUGAUGCGGCAGAGUUGAAACUCGGUACUGACUUCGAUGAAAAGCAAUUGGAGUGCUUGAUGGUUGUAGGGCUGUGGUGCUCUCAUCCGAAUUACAUUGGCCGUCCUUCCAUAAGAGAAGCUUUUAACGUUCUCAACUUUAACGCUCCACCACCUGUUCUUCCAUCGAAACUGCCUAUCCCAUUCUCUCAAGCAUCAAUCGUUUCGUCCCAUGCCACCUCGACUACCGGUACUGAAGUAUCCACGUUUACUACCUCUUCUAUACAAUCCUCUCAUUUAGAUUCCGUUGCAUUGCUCCCGUAUACAAUGUAA